AAGAAUGCUCAAAGGGGCUUUUCCGGUUGCGGCGCCGAGCGGUGAGGAGCUCGUCUCUGCACCUUCAGCCAUGCCGUCCAAGGGCCCUCUGCAGUCGGUGCAAGUCUUCGGACGCAAGAAGACGGCCACGGCCGUGGCGCACUGCAAACGAGGUAACGGCCUCAUCAAGGUGAACGGACGACCCCUGGAGAUGAUCGAACCGCGCACGCUGCAAUACAAGCUACUGGAACCUGUUCUGCUCCUGGGCAAGGAGCGAUUUGCUGGUGUGGACAUCCGCGUCCGAGUGAAGGGUGGUGGUCACGUAGCCCAGAUUUACGCCAUCCGCCAGUCCAUCUCCAAAGCCUUGGUGGCCUAUUACCAGAAAUAUGUGGAUGAGGCUUCCAAGAAGGAGAUCAAAGACAUCCUCAUCCAGUACGACCGGACCCUGCUGGUAGCCGAUCCCCGUCGCUGCGAAUCCAAGAAGUUUGGAGGUCCUGGUGCCCGUGCCCGCUACCAGAAAUCCUACCGAUAAGCCCGUCAUGAAGACCAGGGUUUCCCUUUACAGCACCUUUAUAAUAAAUGUUGUGAGAUUUAA